AUGGGUUGCGGUGGCUCGAGGCUUGGAGGUGUGGCGGCUGUCAGGGCCGGAGAAGGAGGCGUUGUGCCACUUCCGGCGGGAAUACGUCCACUUCUAAGGCGAAGGUUAGAGGAGAUGAAGAAAAGGAGCCAUGCAAGCGUCUUGAAAGGGAGCCAGACGCAGUCUAAGAAGGAGCUUCUUCGUCACGGCUCUUCUGAUGACGGAGAAGACACUGACGGCAGUCUGAAGUCGUCGGCUAAGGUGGCUCCGGCACCUGAUCAUCACGUGGAAGAGAAGAAAGAGGUUAUUUUAGAGAAGGUU